CAGCUUCGUAUGAGCCGUCACUCGCCGUGCUACCAGUUAAUAUCUGCGUUGCGUUUCUAGCGCAAAACAGUCGAAAUUGUCAGCUCGUUGGCUGAGCAUCGCAGCAGCUCUUCUUAAGUUCCACGUUUAGUGCCAAGUCCCGAGGAUUAAAUACAAGUGUUAACAUGGCUAAGAUAUUAAUCAGUGCUCUAUUGUGCGUAGCCUUGUUUGGCUCCAUGGUGCUCGGAUCGCCGGAGUGCCCCUCACCCAACGGACGCUUCGCAUCGGGGGAUCAGUGCGACGCCUACACGGAGUGCCAGGACGGGGUUCCCGUCGAGAAGCUCUGUCCGGAUGGCCUGCUCUUCCACCAGCGCACCAAAGCCACUGGCGAGUGCACCUACGCCCCCUACUCCACCUGCAAGGAGCGCGCCCGCCUGCAGCCCGCCAACGGAACGGAGGAGUGCCCGCGCCAGUUCGGCUUCUACCCGAACGGAGACGCCACCAAAUGCGGCGUGUACCGCAACUGCGCCCACGGAGUGGCCAGCCUAACGCGCUGCCCCGAGGGGCUGGCCUUCAACGAGGCCACCUACCAGUGCGACUGGCCGGACCUCGUGGAGGACUGCAACGCGGAGGCGUACCUGGGCUUCGAGUGCCCCGCCGCCGACGCCGCCGAGGGGAACGCCCCCGCGGUGGACGUCACCCCGGAGGGGGAGCUGCGCUACUACCGCCACCCGCAGACCUGCAAGAAGUACUUCGUAUGCGUGAACGGCCACCCGCGGCUCUACAACUGCGGCAAGUACCUGGCCUUCAACUCGGAGUCCAAGCUCUGCGACUUUUACAACAAGGUGCCCGAGUGCUACGCUCUGCUCAAGGAGAAGCAGCGCCUGAAGGCGGAGAAGCAGACUCCCCAGGUGGCCUAACCUGGCCGGAGGAUCCGGGGAUCCGGGGAAACCAGGGGAUCUGGGAGGUGCCGGAGGAGGCUAAGAGGCUGCUGUCCACACUCUUCUCGUGCAAUGAUUAUUGUGUUGUAAAUAUAUAUCUGCUUGUCGUUUAUACAUUCAAUAAAUAGGUAAUAUCUAUAAAUGCUAUUAAAACUCUA